UCUUUCCCCUAUCCUUUCCUUCCACUUCAAAGCUCUCACAGAAGAGAGAGAAAGAGAGAGACACUGAGAGUAUAAAUAUCCAUCGAACUCCAUCCUCAUCUCUUCUGCAUUUUGGCGUUAGGGCUCGGAACUCAGCUUGUGAUUCGCUCGAAGGAGGAGGAGGGGGGGAAGAAGCAGAGGAGUGAUCAGUGAUCUUCGUCUACAUGGAGUGUCUCGGAGCUCCGAACUUUGCGGCAAUGGCGGUCUCUACCAGUGCCCCGUGGAGGUCGAGAAGGAGGAGAAUGAGGCCUGAGAACGCUUGUUUUAAUCAUCGGGACAGUUGUUAUCUGCCGUCCGUGCGAGUGAGGGCUAGUGCUGGGAGCGAGAGUUGUGUGGUUGUUAAGGAAGGUUUUGCGGAUGAGGAGGACUACAUCAAGGCCGGUGGAUCGGAGCUUCUUUUUGUGCAAAUGCAGCAGAACAAGGCCAUGGAUGAACAGUCAAAGCUAGCCGACAAGUUACCGCAGAUAUCAAUUGAAGAUGGUACACUGGAUUUAGUGGUGAUUGGUUGUGGCCCAGCUGGUCUCGCUUUGGCUGCGGAAUCAGCAAAGUUAGGAUUGAGUGUUGGGCUUAUUGGUCCAGAUCUUCCUUUCACAAAUAAUUAUGGCGUAUGGGAGGAUGAAUUUAAAGAUCUUGGCCUUGGAAGGUGCAUUGAGCAUGUUUGGCGGGAUACCAUUGUAUAUCUUGAUGAUGGUGAUCCAAUUUUGAUUGGUCGUGCUUAUGGACGAGUCAAUCGACAUUUGCUCCAUGAGGAACUGUUGAAAAGGCUUGCUACUGUUGCAUCUGGGGCUGCUUCAGGGAAACUCUUACAGUAUGAGGUGGGUGGUCCCAGGGUUUCUGUCCAAACAGCUUAUGGGGUGGAGGUUGAGGUGGAAAACAAUCCAUAUGAUCCAAGUCUGAUGGUUUUCAUGGACUACAGAGACCACAUUAAACAAAAAGUUCAAUGUUUAGAAGUGCAAUAUCCAACAUUUCUCUAUGUCAUGCCCAUGUCACCAACAAGAGUCUUCUUUGAGGAAACUUGUUUGGCUUCAAAAGAUGCUAUGCCUUUUGAUCUACUAAAGAAAAAGCUCAUGUCAAGGCUAGAGACAAUGGGAAUACGAAUUAUAAGAACUUAUGAAGAGGAAUGGUCUUAUAUCCCUGUUGGUGGAUCCUUACCAAAUACAGAGCAAAAAAACCUUGCAUUUGGUGCUGCUGCUAGCAUGGUACAUCCAGCCACAGGCUACUCAGUUGUAAGAUCAUUGUCAGAGGCUCCAAAAUAUGCUUCUGUAAUUGCAAAUAUUUUGAAGCGGAGUCAUUCUAAGGACAUUUUUACUCGUGGAAGAAGUACUGGAAAUAUCUCAAUGCAAGCUUGGAAUACCCUUUGGCCACAAGAAAGGAAACGACAGAGAUCAUUCUUUCUCUUUGGAUUAGCACUCAUUCUCGAGCUGGAUAUUGAGGGCAUUAGGACAUUCUUUCAUACUUUCUUCCGCCUACCCAAUUGGAUGUGGCAGGGAUUUCUUGGCUCCACUCUCUCCUCAGCUGAUCUCAUCUUAUUUGCCUUCUAUAUGUUUAUAUUAGCACCAAACCAAAUGAGAAUGUGCCUUAUCAAACAUCUACUAUCUGACCCUACUGGAGCAACCAUGCUAAGAACAUAUCUUACUGUAUAGUCUGUACCUUGGAAUUUUAUAUCAUUGCAGUAGUCUAUACCUUGGAAUUUUAUAUCAUUGCAGUAGACUAGAUGAGGAGCCUGGCCACCCACCUGCAUCUGUACAUAUAUAUAUAUAUAUACACACACGUCUGUAUUCAUAUCUAUUCCACAAAUUGGCCCAGUAUGUAAUAAACUGCCUUGCCUAACGCAUUCACACUCA